UUUUCAAAUAUCAAUAAAAAAACAAAAUUCAACUUCCGUGAAUGUCCCUGAAUGUCUUCGUAAUAUAGGUUUAAAAUGAAACUGUAUAGAGACACCGAUUAUUAUACAAAUUAUACAGGUAUAACAAUGCUAUAUAAUUACAAAGCUCUCCCCAUUAUAUAUCGAUUACUGCAACUGAACACAAUGGACAUUUUGCCAUUACCUUUUCGAACUCUGUCGUUCACUGGUCUUUGGAAUAAAGACUCUAACUUUUCUUUUGUAAAAUCAAUUUACAAAAUUUUUGUUGUCACCUCAAUAUUUCACUUUACAAUAUCGGAAGCUGUUGGCUUUCUGAAAAUAUGCAAUACAGAAGAAGAUUCAACUCAGGGUCUCUUUCUAUCGUUUACAUUUGCUGCACUUUGCUUAAAAAUUCUUAAUUUCCUUUUUCAGCAAGAAAAAAUGUCUGAUAUAAUACAAAAUUUUCGAGUACAAAGUUUUCAGCCAAAAUCACCUGAUGAAAAAGUUAUUUGGGAGAAAUAUAAUUGUGAAGCGAAAAGAAUUUUUUUAAUUUUUCUAAUUCUUUCACAAUCAAGUGGACUGUGUUUUUUGACGUUACCAUUCAUGGAGACGGGAUUUGAAAAUAUAACAUUGCCCUUCAAAACAUAUCAACCGUAUAACGUUGCAAAUAGUCAACUAUAUUCUAUUACAUAUAUUCUUCAACUUUUGGAAGCAUUUUAUGGAGUUUUAAUUAACGUUUCAUUGGAUUCAAUGGUUUAUGGCUUUAUUUUACUACUAUGCGCACAAUAUGAAAUACUGUGCUUACGACUAAUGAAAAUUGAUGACAAUAAUAAUUUUUUAUUAAAAACUUAUGUUGAUCAUCAUGUACAAAUUAAAAGUCAAAUUUGUAAAAUACAACAUUUUUUUAUGAGAGUUAUUUCCACACUUUUUUUCUUCAGCUUAAUUACAUUGGGUGCGAGUAUUUUUAAAAUUAUUGAGUUAAAAUUACUUAGCAUUGAAUGUUUUACAAUGUGCCUCUAUCUGACAUGUAUGUUGUUUCAAAUAUUUUUAUACUGUCAUCAUGGUCAUGAAUUAACACUAAAGAGUAAAAUUGUUAUCAACGCAAUAUAUAAUAGUAAUUGGACACCAUUAAAUUCUAAAAACAGAAAAAGUCUACAACUAAUUAUGCAGUAUAGUGCAAAGGGAGUUGUAAUAUCACAUCGUGGACAAUGCAUUUUAAAUUUAAAUACAUUUGUUUGGAUAAUAAAAACAUCAUACAGUGCCUUAAAUAUUCUUCGCAAAGAGUAAAAUAGUAAUGUUGAAGGUUUGUUAAAAUCCAAAAUUGAAUGCAGUGAACUAACAAAAAAUAGUAAAAACACGUAAAACUAUAGU